GGUCUUAAUUUGGAAAUAAGUCUAUUUUAGCAAAAUCAUGAAUAAAGAUCAGGAAUUAAUUAAAAUAAUGAAGAAUAAAGAUCAGGAAUUAAUUAAAAUAAAGAAUAAAGAUCGGGAAUCAAUUGAAAUUUCCAAAGUAUUACCAUUACAGUCAUAAUUAUGAAUGUGAUGGUGUAACCAUUAAUAAAUAUAUAAGUAGCACAACAUCCAAUUAGGACCACCCGUCAAAUUUUAAUUAGGACCCAAAAUGAAGAGUUAAUUAUCAUGGUUAAGAUUAUCGGAUUAUGACCUUGAUCUCUAUGCGGUUAAAGUGAUCCGGAUUAGCUAAGAUUAUCUAGGAAAAGGGUCAAGAAUGCACUGGCCACGUGUUGGGCUUUUAGGCCAAUACGAAACAUUUUUCAAAUUUCAGUGUUGUAUGUGAUCAACGGAACGCGAUUACUGACAAAGUGCUGUUGAAAGCAAUACUAUGAUAAAGUUAUAAUGCACAGGCGAGUGUUUUAACCUUAAUUUUAACCAUAAAAAGGUUCUUUAAAACGUGCACGCCUUGGGAUAUGGAAAUUGAUUUUCCGACUAAAUGGUUUGGCACAGUGGUUAAUUUCAGCAGAAAUAAAGCGCCCCUUUCUCUUUACAGAAUACCCGUCACGCGUGCUACUGUGUUAAUUACAACUCUCCCUAAAAGUCAUAUUUUCUAAAUAACGUUUUUCCUUUUAAAAACACAAAAAAUUGAUUGCCCCAUGCAAUUUGGCCUCAGGUCUAAACAAAACGAACAGUAUAUUAGUAUCGGCCUAUCAUGCGUGAGCCGUAAUCGCAUCAGUUCUAAUUGAUUGAGUCGACACGCUCUGACUGUAAAGUUUUAUUGUUGGGGUUAAAGGCUUUUUGGAUAUGUUUUGUCUAUUUUUUUGCACCACGUGACAAGUGCAUGCCGAUCCGUUUUAAUUGGGUCAUAAACAACUAUAUUAUGACGCGUUGUUAUGUGAUGAGGUUUUCAGGGGAUCAUAUAUAUUAUGGACGAAGAUUUUGAACACAGUGAACUAAGCAAUUUGUGACUGUAUGUUUGAUAGACCAUCAAAUCGUGUAUACUUUGGCUUAUUGAACUUUUAUUUUACGUACAUUUUUUAUAUUGGAGUGAGUUCAACUUUUAUUUAUGUUUUAAUUAUACAAGUACAAACGUUUGGAAGAGGAUUAUCGGAGUUCAGUUAGCGUUUUGGGUGGAGCAUGACGAGCAAGACACUUUAUAAUUUUUAAUGUUUUCGAAGAAUGAGAUUCUACAUUUAUGUAGUGAAGUAUUUAGGAUGCUCUGUAGAUAAAAUAUAUUUAUUGCGUUAACUUUUAUCACCUCUGGACCAACUGUUAAAACUAGCACGUUAUGUUUUGAUGGAUAAAAUAUAAGUUAACCAUCGGCAAAAGGACAGAGCAAAUUUGUUGAUAUGGUGGAACAUUUCUAGAUUAAUUGGAUCCAAAAAGAACUAAAAUAUCGCCGAUGGAGAUUUAAUUUUUUUAUAAGAAAAUCACAUUCCUUGUAGAUUCACAGAAGCACUUAUGAGAAACAAUAAUGUGAAUCCAUAUUCGAAUUUUUAAAAGUUCGAAAAUCCGAAUAUCAACUCUCAUAAUGGCGGACAAAAGAACAUUAGAAAUCCUUCAAACAUUAUCGCCUUUCAACGCACGUGGGGAAGACCUUGUGUCAACGGCGGCAAGAAAUGUACUGUUAAACUAUAUCAAGACUGAGUCAAGAUUCCACGAGGUUUUCUUUCCAUUAGAAAACUCUGGAUCGUAUCGGGACAUUGCCGACAUGGGGACAUUUCCCCUGUUAAAAUAUGGAACCGCCUAUAUUUCACAGACUAUAUCAAAAGUGAAGGAUGAAUAUAAGUUUCAUACAACUAUCAAUAAAACGGCAACGGAAGACUUUUUAAGAGACAUUUAUUACGGUUUACAGUGGAAAAAAUUAGGAUUCUCCUUGUAUACGUUGGUGUAUCCGGAAACAGUAAAAGAUCCAAAGACUGGGUUGACUAUAAACGAUUAUCUAGAUGAUGAAAGCCACAUCUGGGCGGAAAAACUCAUAGCAGAUAUCAUGGACCCUAGAUGGACAAGAAACAUCCUGCAAAAAAUAAUAAAAGGAAAAUAUACAGAUACGCAAUACAAUAGAGAUAUGAACGAGUUGUUUGUUAAAUUACAUAUACUGGAUCCACAGUCUGUUAUUCCUGCUUACCAAUUCUUGUUAAGCCAGCGAGCAUUACCUGCAGUUAAUCUAGAAUUAGCGACCAGAAAUUAUCUUGGUGGACCUUUAGACAUAAAUCUUAUUAAACCAGAGGUAGAAACAGCUAUUAGAAAACCCAGCGUGCCUUUGAAUGUGUCGCGGCUGAGUCUCACAGAGGUGGAGGUCUUCCACGGUGUUCAAGUGGAUGAGUUCGUGGUCACGCAGUGUCGAAACCAGGGAUUCUGGUCCGGACUGAGACCAGAAAACUAUCGAAUUUCUCGCUAUAAAGACAGAUGUAGCAUCAUGUAGUUUAAACUCGUUAUUUUCUAUUCGUUAUUUAUUUAUUUUAUAAAUUUAUGUAACUGGCUUCAUUGUUUCUUUGCAAUAAAUCUAUUUACAAACGUU